UAGCCGGUUAUGGCGGCGGCGAUGUGUGUUUGUCCAUGAGGCGGGUAGCGCGAGCUAUUCUCACGGACUGAACUUGAACGAAAGCAGCGAUGGCGGGUGUAUUCGACAUCGAUUUGGAUCAGCCGGAGGAAAAUGUCUCCGACGAUGAGCUCGAGGAGGCUCAGAUCAACGAUUUCAUGGACCAGUGCAGCGGCUUUGAAUUCAAUAUGGACGACUGUGAGAAGAUUGAGAUAUCUGAGGACAACGUCAACCAAGGAACAGAGAACAUCAGGCCAGAGUGUUUUGAGCUGCUGCGGGUGCUGGGAAAGGGCGGUUAUGGAAAGGUUUUUCAAGUUCGAAAAGUUGCUGGAGCAGCAUCGGGGAAGAUAUUUGCAAUGAAGGUUUUAAAGAAGGCUAUGAUUGUACGCAACGCUAAGGACACGGCCCACACCAAGGCAGAGAGGAACAUCCUGGAGGAAGUGAAGCAUCCUUUCAUCGUGGAUCUCAUCUACGCCUUCCAGACGGGGGGCAAGCUGUACCUCAUCCUGGAGUACCUCAGUGGUGGAGAGCUGUUUAUGCAACUGGAAAGAGAGGGGAUUUUUAUGGAAGACACAGCCUGCUUUUACCUGGCAGAAAUCUCCAUGGCUCUGGGCCAUCUGCACCAGAAAGGCAUCAUCUAUAGAGACCUGAAGCCUGAAAAUAUCAUGCUUAACAACCAAGGGCAUGUGAAAUUGACUGACUUUGGUCUGUGUAAAGAGUCCAUCCACGGCGGCACAGUCACCCAUACUUUCUGUGGCACCAUAGAGUACAUGGCUCCAGAGAUCCUGAUGAGAAGUGGACACAACAGAGCAGUGGACUGGUGGAGUCUCGGAGCGCUUAUGUACGAUAUGCUGACUGGAGCGCCACCCUUCACUGGUGAAAACAGGAAGAAGACCAUUGACAAAAUCUUAAAAUGCAAGCUGAACCUCCCACCCUACCUCACACAAGAAGCCAGAGAUCUCCUGAAAAGGCUGCUGAAGAGAAAUGCCUCGUCAAGACUUGGAGCAGGGGCCGGAGAUGCUACAGAGGUGCAGGCUCAUCCCUUCUUCCGACACAUUAACUGGGAAGAGCUCCUGGCCAGGAAAGUGGAGCCUCCAUUCAAGCCUUUUCUGCAAUCCGCUGAAGACGUGAGCCAGUUUGACUCCAAGUUCACCAGCCAGACACCAGUAGACAGCCCAGACGACUCCACGCUCAGUGAAAGCGCCAACCAAGCCUUUCUGGGCUUUACGUAUGUUGCUCCAUCAGUACUGGAAAACGUCAAGGAAAAGUUCUCAUUCGAGCCAAAAAUCCGCUCACCCCGACGGUUUUUGGGGAGCCCAAGAACACCUGUCAGCCCUCUCAAGUACUCUGCUGGUGACGAGUGGCCCCGGGGCCCCUUGAUGCCCGGCGGAUCCUCUCUAUGUCUCCAGUCGCCCCAGGAGCAGGUCAUGGAGGUAUCAACCCCAGAACAGAUGGAGGUGCAGGCUAGCUCUGAGGCCUCGGCCCCCCUGCCCAUCCGCCAGCCUACGGGGGCCAACCUGUCCCAGUUCAAACAACAGGCCUACCCUGUCAUGGCCAAGCGGCCCGAGCAUCUACGCAUUAACCUAUGACCAGCAGUUCAUCUUAGAGUAUUAUAUUUACUUUGUUGAUUUUUAUUUUUUUAUUUUUUUUAAAGAUAAGGACACUACAGACAAUGAAACAUUCAAUUUCACUUCUACACACACACCAUCACUACCUGAAGUCUCCCUCAGGCUGUAACCAGUGUGCUGCAGCUGAGCUCUGCAGACUAGGCCACUCCCUCAGGUCCCCUUGACCUCUUCACCCUGACCCCUAGCAGGACUGGACCAGUGGGAAGGGGCAUCACUUUGGAUCUUUAACUUUUUUUUAUUACUCCAUCCUACCGUGAAAAAAAGGAAUGAGAUCAAAUGUAUCAAAUGUGACCCAUCACAUUUCACACUAACGUGCAGUAUAUAAAACAUCAUCCAAAGUGCUUCAUGUUAGAUGAUCGAAUGCUGAUGAGGAAUGAGUUGCUUCCACUGAACACUUGGGAGAUUUUACAGUAUUUCUUGUAGAUUGCUUCCUGGCUCAGAAUGAAAUCAUGAAUUAUUGUUAAUUGAAAAAUAUAUAUGAUUGGGAGGGGUAUCAAUAAGCUGAGGUUCUGAACAUAGCUUUAUGUCUUAAGUAUUUUACAAAAGGAAUGCAGCUACUGUGCUAUAUCAAUGAUGGAUCAAUUCAUGAGGGCCUCAAUAAAAACAAUGUUUACUUUUUACUUUCUUUCACUUUUAGUGUCUGAAUUACAUUUUUUUUUUAAUGUUUAUUAUUUUCCAAUAAAUAAGACCGAAAUACAAACAUUGACAA